UCACUCUACCCGCAUGCACAAGCACUAGGCACCGGUUAGCCACGAUACUCGCGACGUCCCGCGGUAGAAUAGCGGGCAUAGCUCUUCGCGUUGUCCAGGAUUUCAUGGGGAAAGCUGCCGGUUCGGGCCCGCUAUGGUCAGCUUCGCGAGGGCCUUCAGAACCUAUGGGAUUAUUACGGGACUUGUGGUCAUCCUGAGUGCGAGCUCGCUCUUGGUACACUACCGGGGGCUGGGGUCAGCCGGGAGCCGGGCUAGUAGUGUGAACGGGAGAGAGUACGCGGCCAAUUCCCCCGGCGACUCAGGACUGGCACCCACCAGGACUACUAAAGCCAAGAGAGUAUCUAGUAGGGGUGCAAAGGUAAAAGCAAAACUGCUGGUGACAGAUACACAGACCAACGAUGGUUUUGGCCGCCUGGUGUAUAACCGUGUGGGAAAGUGUGGCAGUCGCAGUCUCAUCACCAUCCUCAGUGUCCUGAGCAGUAAGAAUGGCUUCAACUUCGCCAAGGAUCCCUCGGUCGUGCACUCGCAGACCAGGUUCCCCCUCCCUGACCAGAUUGCCCUGGUUCAACAUGUGGACAAGAUAUCUCCUCCCUUCUUCUACAACAGACAUUUCCACUUCAUUGACUUCACCAGGUUUGGUGCAAGACAGCCCAUCUACAUCAACAUGAUUCGAGACCCCUUUGACCGACUGGUGUCUUCCUACUACUUCAAAAGAUUUGGUGAUGGGAGGUCAGAUGACAGAGGAAGGUACCUGAAGGAGGAGGAUAAAUUAAGAAGCUUCGAUGCGUGCGUGCUGGAGGAACAAGUGGAGUGCACACGAGGCCUGCACUACAUCAUCCCCUUCUUCUGCGGACAGAGACCAGGCUGCAGGAUUGCAGAUCCUGAGCCGCCUGGAGGAGUAGAUGUGUUUCUUUAUACAUCAGAGACUAGUCGGGAUCCAUCACGAUGGGCAUUGGAGAGGGCCAAAGACAACGUCUUAGACAAGUUUCUUGUGGUGGGGAUCCUGGAAGAGUUCAACGACACCUUGCGGGUCUUCGAACAUCUGCUGCCCAACUUCUUCAAGGGAGCCAUGUCAGUGUGGGAGAACCCACCUCAGUGGGUAAGCCAGCUUUACAACACCUCCAAGACUGUGAAAAAGCCGCAGCCGUCACCGUUCAUCCGGGACAAGAUGCGGCGGAGAAUGAAGCUGGAGUAUGAAUUCUACUACUUUGUUCGUGAUAUCUUCCACAACCUGAAAAACAGACUGGACAUCCCCUCCACCCCUGACCAGGUGGCAUACAGAAGCGAUCCACUCUACAAGGAAAUCAUGGCCAGAAAAUCAACCAAACUGAUGUCUUAUGCCAGAGAACAGCCCGUUAUUGCAGUGGGAGCAGACAACAAGGAUUACGACGAAAAUGAAAAUGAAUACGAGGAUGAAAGAAAGGCUUCUGAAGGCACAGCAGGGGAUGCCACAGUGCAAAAAAUUCCACAGGAACCAAUCAAAAAAGUUGAUCCAAGACAAGCACCGAGCUUGGCAAUAGAUGAAACACAGAAACAUGCCAUGCACAUAGAGGAAAGAAAAGUUUUUCCACAGAAUGUUUAUAGUAACACCAGGGAUGGAAAUGCCUUAAAAGGUGGCACUUUAUCAGGUGAAAGCUUCCCCAGAGCAGAAACAGAAAUGGAAAGAGUUUUAAACCAGGCUCAACGUAUAGUGAGUGCUGCUGUAAAUGAUAACCUCAUCUCAAGGACUUCUGAAAGCAUCAGAAAAAGACCUACUCCGAGGACAUAUGACACUGAAGACAAGGAAGAAGACGAUUAUGAUGAGGAUGAUGAAGAAGAAACAGAUGAUAGGGAAGAAAGCAGAUGAUGUAAUCAAAGUUAAACAUCUACUUUUGUCCAUGUCCCACACUCAAGUACAGUGCAUCUGACAUCUCCAAACUUAUAUCCGUGCAUGUUUUCUUCUUCAAAUAUCAGAUCUGGAGUAUUGGUUUAUCAUCUUCCCUAUGUUUUGCAGAAGAGUUGUGAAUUCUAAUCAUUUUUUCUGUGAAAAAAUAUUUCAAAUUUUGUUUCUAUGCACAAUGUGCAUAAUAGUGACCUUAUAUUUUUAACACAUUUUCGAUUAAGAUAAGACUAAUAUUGCAGGGGGAUCUUCAAAUUAAGGAAUGUGUAAGUAAUGAUGUCAAAGAAUAAAUGUAAUAUAGAUUUGAUGAGCUAAGUGUUAUUUGAAUUUCUGGUGAAACGGUCAAAGCCAGUGGCUAAAAAUUCUUUGAAUCUUUUUGUUCUGUGAGGUGAAAAAGUGAUCUGUUAAAACCAAAGUGCCUUUAAAUGAAUACAGAUCAUAAUAUCGACUGCUCAGUGGACUAGUGAACAGUUUCUAGUUGUUUAAUACACAUAUAAGUGUAGUUUAAUACACAUGUUAGUGUUUUUACUACAGAUUAUGACUGUUUUUGUGUGUUUCAAAUGAUAUUUCUUGGGCUGUGUAUCCAAAUAUCCGUACCUGUACUAUACAUUGUACCUUUAAAAUUGUUUAGGUACAGGUCCGGUAACUAAAGCCGUGUACCUAAAAUCUGUUUAGGUACACAGCGCUAAAAGAGUCCCACCUGGAUAUUGUCAGAAUACAUUGUGUUAACCACAUUGUUUCAUGAUUUUCAGAAUCUUUUGUGGUGUUUUAAUCAGAUAAAUUUAUUUUAAUGAUGUUUUAAUUCUGUCCAGUAGAGAUUCAGCCAGUAUAAAAGUAUGCAAUUCAGCCUGUGGCUGCAAAAUACUUCACAUAGCUGAUCAUACUGAUCAUAAUAAAACAUUCAUUCAUUCAUUCAUUCAUUCAGAACAGCUCUGGAGCUGAAAGGAUCUGUACUUAUCGAAUUAUUCGUUUGUUUUUUAAUGCCAUCACAAUGAUAUUUACCUCUCAGACAUCUUCAGUUCAACAACCAACAAUGGAUGGCCUGAUUUGUAAUUCCAUAUUUAGAAAGCCAUGAUAUGAGAUGUUAAAAAUGGUCAUAUAGCCAUCAUUAACAAAUACUUUUUUGUAGCCUCCUUAAGAAAAAGAAAGGAAGAAAAAGUACCACAAAAUGUACACAAAACCCUCUCAGGUGCCAGUACGUUUAGCCUUGUUUGUCAGCCUUGGUAUUAUACUUAAGUAUACAUGUGGCACUUGUACUGUAUAUUGAUUUGUGUAUUGUAAUAAUUUUAACUGCUGUAAAUUGUAAGAAAAAUAUAAGGAUUUGGUCUGAAAAUACUAAUAACUGUAUAGCCAGUAGGGAUAGCACAUUAUACAUCAGCCUGCUAGAUCUAAGGUAGCCAUUGUGUAUUUGUCAUGGGGUUAGGGUCUUAGACAGCAGGAAGAGGGUCGAUAAAAAGAGAAACCAAUGUGUUUUCCUGUCCACAAGUGAAGGAAAUAACAGUCAAAGCCACACUCUCUGGAUUUGUGCUUUUGGAUGGUGGAAGUUUUGUUUCCUUGCUAGUUGACCAAUGCAUUUGGGAACCAUUUGGGGCAAAUAUGUUUUAAAGAUAUUCUUUGGCAUUGGGUAAGGUGGCAGACACACUGUGUAUCACAGAUUAUGGGAAAAUGUGUUAAUGGUGAAUUAAACAGCUUUUUGUGCUGCA